AUGAAUGAUACGGACUAUGAACCUAUGGACAUCGAUUCAAGCUCAAAUUCAUAUACUGCUAUGGAGAUAUCUUACAAUGAAACUGUUCUUGGUGAUAAUGAACAUCCUGAAAAAGUGGUUGAAAAUAAGAAUUUAACACCUACAGGUAAUAUUAAAAAAGAGGUAAAAAAAAUUCACCUUAACAUUCGGCCGCUUCGGAAAAAUAACGUCUUUUAUUUUUCUAAUCGCUACACAUUAUUUUUUUUCUUUUUUGGGAGUGUAAUUAUCUCAAUUUUAAGUUAUAAAGCAGUUAAUUUUAAAUGUAGCUACGGCUUUAACGUGAAAUUGAUUAAGAAAUCUUUAUCGUCAAAAGUGAUUGGUCAACAGGAUGCAAUUGAAACUUUAAUUCGAGCGAUGGAAGUAAAUGCCAGCAGCAAGAUAUUGUUUUUGUAUGGUGGAACUGGUGUAGGCAAAUCACUGUCAAUAUCUAUAGUACUAGAUGAAAUGCUAAAUUGUUCCAAUGUUUAUCAUUAUACUAUGCCAACAUUUGCUCAUAAAUUUUCAACAGAAUUAAAUUUAGGCCUUAUUUUUUGUAAAGAAACUAUUUUAGUCGUAGAUGAUUUGAAUGCAGAAGAUAAACAUAUAAAACCUAUUAUUAGAGAUAUUAUAGAUAAGACUGAGAGUUUGGGGAAAAAUAUAACUAUUAUUCUAGUUUACUCUUGUGAUAAUAUGUAUAGUAAAUUUGUGAAAGCAUGCAAUAAAUCAUUUCUCACAGGACUGCAACAAGUGUUUGGUAAUGUUAAAGCAUUAAAAAUUUUUAUAAGAUAUAAGCCAUUAAAUGAAGAACAUUUGAAGAAAUGUAUUGAAAAUGAAUUAGUUAAUAGUCAAAUUAGUAAUGUUGAUGUUAAUAUGGUUAUGAAAAAUUUUAAUGUGGCACAUGAUGGGUGUAAAGGUGUUUACACAAAAGUUAAAUCACUGAAAAUAGUUUGA